CCCCGGCCCGGUCAAGGCCAACCUCCCCUGCAGUGGGAGCCGGCUCCCUGGCAGAUGCCUGUGGCAGAUGCCACGCAGUUCUGGACCUGGACGCAGCUGUCCCCCGACCCAGGACCCCAGCAUGCCGGACAGCACAGCAGCCCCUCAGGAGAGCCGGCCAGCCGGGAGCCUGGGGACCCCCCAAGAAAACUUGGGAACCAGCUCCCUGACUGAUGGGCCAACACUCUCCAAGGAGCCCCUAAGCCAUGCACUCCAGCUCUCAGAGAAGGUGAAGGAUGACCAGCUGACUCCUCCUGAGGAGGCGCUAUGGACGACUCGGGCCGAUGGGCGGGUCCGCCUGCGCAUAGACCCCAGCUGCCCACAGACUCCCUACACUGUGCAUCGGAUGUUCUACGAGGCUCUGGACAACUACGGGGACCUCAGCGCUCUGGGCUUCAAGCGCCAGGGCAUGUGGGAACACAUCUCCUACUCCCAGUACUACCUGCUGGCCCGCAAAGCUGCCAAAGGCUUCCUGAAGCUCGGGCUGGAGCGGGCCCACAGCGUGGCCAUCCUUGGCUGCAACUCCCCAGAGUGGUUCUUCUCAGCGGUGGGCACAGUGUUCGCAGGUGGCAUCGUCACCGGCAUCUACACGACCAGCUCCCCUGAGGCCUGCCAGUACAUCGCCCAUGACUGCCGCGCCAACAUCAUUGUGGUCGACACGCAGAAGCAGCUGGAAAAGAUCCUGAAGAUCUGGAAAAACCUGCCACAUCUGAAGGCAGUAGUGACAUACCGAGAACAUCCUCUAAAGAAAAUGGCCAGUGUGUACACGAUGGAGGAAUUCAUGGAACUGGGGAAUGCAGUGCCCGAGGAGGCCCUGGACACCAUCAUUGAUGCCCAGCAGCCUAACCAGUGCUGCGUGCUGGUCUACACAUCGGGCACCACUGGGAACCCCAAGGGCGUGAUGCUGAGUCAAGACAAUAUCACAUGGACAGCACGUUUCGGCAGCCAGGCCGGUGACAUCCAACCCGCAGAGGUCCAGCAGGAGGUGGUGGUCAGCUACCUGCCCCUCAGCCACAUUGCUGCCCAGAUCUACGACUUAUGGACGGGCAUCCAGUGGGGAGCCCAGGUCUGCUUUGCCGAGCCGGAUGCCCUAAAGGGGAGCCUGGUGAACACACUUCGGGAGGUGGAGCCCACAUCCCACAUGGGGGUGCCUCGGGUGUGGGAGAAAAUCAUGGAGCGGAUCCAGGAGGUGGCUGCUCAGUCUGGCUUCAUCCGGCGCAAGAUGCUGCUGUGGGCCAUGUCGGUGACCUUGGAGCAGAACCUCACCUGCCCGAGCAGUGAUCUCAAGCCCUUCACCACCCGACUAGCAGAUUACCUGGUUCUAGCCAAGGUCCGCCAGGCACUGGGCUUUGCCAAGUGUCAGAAAAACUUCUAUGGAGCUGCUCCCAUGACUGCAGAGACACAGCACUUCUUCCUGGGCCUCAACAUCCGCUUGUAUGCAGGCUACGGCCUCAGUGAGACCUCAGGCCCCCACUUCAUGUCCAGCCCUAACAACUACCGGCUCUACAGCUCCGGCAAGGUGGUGCCAGGCUGCCGGGUGAAGCUGGUGAAUGAGGACGCAGAGGGCACAGGGGAGAUCUGCCUGUGGGGCCGCACCAUCUUCAUGGGCUACCUGAACAUGGAGGACAAGACGCGUGAGGCCAUCGACAAGGACGGCUGGCUGCACACAGGCGACGUGGGCCGCCUGGAUGCCGACGGCUUCCUCUACAUCACUGGGCGUCUCAAAGAAUUGAUCAUCACAGCUGGUGGAGAGAACGUGCCCCCUGUGCCCAUAGAGGAGGCUGUGAAGAUGGAGCUGCCCAUCAUCAGCAACGCCAUGCUGAUCGGGGACCAGAGGAAGUUCCUGUCCAUGCUGCUUACCUUGAAGUGCACUCUGGACCCCGACACCUCUGACCCCACCGAUAACCUGACCGAACAAGCGGUAGAGUUUUGCCAGAGGGUGGGCAGCAAAGCCACCACCGUGUCUGAGGUCGUGGGGAAGAAGGAUGAGGCCGUGUAUCAGGCCAUCGAAGAGGGGAUCCAGAGGGUCAACAUGCACGCAGCUGCCCGGCCCUACCACAUCCAGAAGUGGGCCAUUCUUGAGAGGACUUCUCCAUUUCGGGUGGAGAGCUGGGUCCCACAAUGAAGCUGAAGCGACUCUCAGUUCUGGAGAAAUACAAAGAUAUCAUCGACUGCUUUUACCAAGAACAAACAAAGUAAUCGGGACCUUCCUUCUCUGGUUUCUUCCGAAGACAGCAGGCUGAGUAGCUCCAUCUGGGUGCACGGGCUUUGGGCAAGUGUUAGGUCUCCAGGUCGGGUACGGUCCUGGCAUCUCCAUUUGCUAGGUCUCAUGCCAACAAUAGCUGACAAUUCCAAGAAGCUUCACGUGCUGAUAGUAUUAAGCGUUGCCUUUUGUCCAGGUUGACAAAUGAAAUCGGCUCUCCUUCCAGAACUAGGGCUGAUGGUUUCUGGCCUUAGUGCAGGUAGAUUAACAAGCUGCUAGCUCACUUAACAGGCCAGCCGGUGGCAGGCUGGGUGUAGGGACAGGGAGGAGGUGGUAGGAAUGCUCAGUUGUAACACACCUAAGGGCCCGGCUGACUCUGGAUCUCGCUGGACAUUGCCAACCCCAUCAUCCCCUUACCAGGCACUCCACCAUGCACACGCCAACUGACUUGGACGCUUAAUAAAACUGCUGCUGCCUGUUGGACUGUAUUUAACGUGUAAUUUGAAAUUAAACUUUUUAACAGAACCGUCAAUAAGUACCUGACGCUUUUUUGUCAAUCGAGCAGCAGACCAGGCCAGUGUGGUGGCUAUUUAACCCACAGGAUGCUGUGCAAUAGGUCAACUAGUGACCCUUGGUGUCCUGGAAUAAGCAAAGGUGCAGGAGAAGGUCAAGGGGAACAUUCCAGUGAAAGCAGCCACCUCAGGCUAGUCUGCUACCACCAUGCCACCCCAGCCACUCUGAUACUUGAAGAAGCCAUUCGUAGGAGCGAGCUGAGCCAGAAUGACCUAAGGCAUCUAAAUGGGAGAUAGGCAGACAAGGCGCACACCUCAGUCCACUUGGGAAUUCUUUAUUAGUGUAAACCCAAGAACCACUGAUAAUUAGCACAAUCCAAUAAAACAGAAGCAGCAGCAGUUUAAACAAAGUAAAAUACACGUAAGUCCGUGAGUCUGGUUACAAGCCUGAAAAAGGACCCAGACGGGCUAUUUGUUGCUGUUAGGAAAGCCCCGUGACCAGGGUGUACUAUGCGAAGCUGCCGGUUUACAGUGUUACACAAGGACCAAGGAGGAUGGGAGUUGCCUUUAGGGUGGGCCCAAAAGGUGCACGAAAAUAGUGACUUAGUAUCUGAGGAUUAAAGAAAAAUCACACUAGGAGUGGGGAACAGAGGAGAGACGAGGAAGUGCCUGAAGAUCAGAAACCAAGCGCCAGUGUGGCACGAAUUUUGUGAACCAGCUCAGGCUGAGUCUGCAGCUCAUCUCUCAUCUUGCCGGUGCUGAGGCAGAGGGCAGUGAUUUGCGGCUUUGGGGGAAGGGGCAGCCAGUGAAAUAUAAAAUGAAUAGCCAGCACCCCAGGCUCCUCAAUUGCUGUCAGAUUAUGUGUUCGGACCUUUUAGCAGUAUCAGUGGGAGUGUGGUCCGCUUCCGGACAAUGACAUACAUGCUGCGGGAGUGAAGGAACACAAGGGUCAGCUCCCACGUCCCGGCUCAGUGUCUGCACAGGGGCUGUGUCUCGCACGAUGCCUGAUGUGUGGCCAAUGAGAAGGAAGGACCACCCUUUCACUUCAUUAAAAGCUCUCGCUGAGAACAUUAAGUCUCAAGGUAACAAAAAUAAUUGAACACACAAUGCAUUUGUGUCUGUACCCAAUAUAUUAUCCAUAUCUUAUUAACAAAAAUUACAUUUCUCAUUAUAUAUUUCUUGGAUCUGAAGUCUUUACUUAUACUCAGUAAUUCACGUAAAAGGACAAAUCAGUCUUUACUUUCCAUGUCACUAAGAAAUAUACCGUAUUUACUGUUUUGAUGGAAACUUUCCCAGGAAAUUUCUCUUGUGCCUGUUUAGUUUUAUAAGAAUAUCAUCUUGUGCUAUUGCCUCAAUAUUCUACUUUAUUUCUGUUAUAUUUUUCACAAACCAAGGAAAUCAGAGAUUUUCUUUAAAAAGUUAGAUUUUUCUCUUAUUAAUUCUGUAUCAUGGUAUUUACAGUGGAAGAAAAACUUUAAACUGAAAUGUAAGAUGGUUAACAAUGGCAAAUGAUACAGUCCACUUGAAGUGUACAAAAAAAGGAUACCAGAUAGACAUGUAAUAAAUAAAACAAGCACUUGGAAAAAGUCCUUUGAAAGCAGGCCUAGGGACAUCGCCUGCAUCCUUUGCACAGAUUUUUGUUAGGAAAAGGCCAGGUCUAGAAAUGGACUCUGUCAAGAAA